GUGAUUUCAAUCGCAGACACGACAACACUUCCCACCGAACCGCUGGUGCGGCCAAUGACUGUGACCUUUGAGAGUACGACCAGUCGGUGACCACUCGUGUGAUGUAUAUAUUCAAAGAGGACGAAGAGGUGGUGGCCGUCGACCCCCGGGAACAGGCCUUUCAUAACGUGAUCCGCGAACACUUGAUAUUCUUCAUUCUACUCAUUAUACUGUACAGCAGUUCCUAUGCUAUUAUCGCCAGUUAUAGGCGCCGUCGGGAAGAGUUAUUCAUUGACGAAGAGGACGGACUCGUGUAUCGUAUAUCCCUCUGGAUGUGCACCUUCUCGCUGGCCGUCUCUAUUGGAACCGCUCUUCUGCUGCCGUUCUCGAUCGUCACCAACGAAGUGAUUAUCUUAUAUCCGGACAGUUAUUACAUCCAAUGGCUGAACGACUCGCUGAUCCACAGCCUGUGGUCGUAUGUGUUUGUGUUCUCAAACAUAUCACUGUUUAUACUUUUGCCGUUCGCCUACUUCUUCACGGAAUCCGAGGGCUUCAGCGGUUCCCGCAAAGGCAUUAUGAACAGAGUGUACGAGACAUUCAUACUGUUGGCGCUGUUGUCGGUUCUGGUGCUGGGAAUCAUGUAUUUGGUGUGCGCUCUGACGGGC